UACUCCUCGGCCCCUAGCUCUGACGACGACGACUCAGGAUACCCUGCCGACAGCUCCAGUUCACGAAUUGAACGAAAAAUUGCCACUAUAUCUUUGGAGAGCAGAGAUGGACCUGGUAGAAUAGGGGACGGUGAAAGAGUCAGGAAGUCUGGUAGCAGCAGCGGUAACAGCACAGGAAGUGACGCCUCCUCUUCCUCCUCCUUGUCCUCCAACAGCAAGUGGAAAGCCACCUUCUCGCCCAUUUCUGACCCCAAGCAGCCUCACUCGGACCUGAGGCAGGGGGGCUCCCCCUUCGGCAUGGGGGGGUCUGGCCGGGGCACGGACUCAGAUUCAGACCACAAACAACAGCAUCAUCAGCAGGCGAGGAAAGGAGGUGAAGGAGAGUCGUCCAGCUACAUCAACCCCAACCCCUUCCUCAGUCAGGAGGCUGGGCCCCGGGGUGGAGGCAGCGGUGGUGGGGGAGGGUCCCAGGGAGGAGGGGGAUCGGACCAACGCCAGACCCUCCAGAAACAGAAGGGCCCCCGAGACUGGGAGAUGAAGACGAGCAGCAGCAGCAUGGCCAGUCAGAACCUCUUCAUAUCUGCCGCUGCCAGCAGUGGUGGAGGCAUCCUGAGUGGGAAGGCGGGGGGCGGUCCCGUAGCCAUUUCCUCCACCACAGGACCCUCUGUGGGCCAGUACCUGGGGUCUCAGUUCCCACUCGGAGGGGCCUCAGUCCUGCAGUCCUUGUUCGGGGCCCAGACGGGCGGAUCCACGGUGAGUGGGACACCGAGGCUCGUCAACGGAAACUCCGUCCUGGGAAGCUUCUCCAGUGCUGGGCUGGCAGGUGGAGUGGCUGGAGGUAUAUUUCACCAUGUGAGGCCCACAGUGUCCUCCCAUCAGUUUGGGGUGAGGCUGCCUUCCUCUGGAGGCCUCGGCUCUCUGCUCAAUCUCUCUUCCUCCCCCUCCUCCCAAAUCCAGCAUCACACCACCCCCCAACAGGCCUCCACCCGCCUGGUGUUGUCCCCUCUCCCCCUCUCCCUGUCCCAUCAAAUUCGCACCCAGUCAGUCCUGCACAGCGCCUCUCCCCCCACCCUCACCCUGCCUCCCCUGCACAGCACCUCCUCAGCAGCCGCCCACUCUGACGCCUCGCCUCCAUCUCGAUCCGAGUCCUCCCGUCUGUCCCACCACCAGAGAGCCUCCAUCUCCUCCUCCCCCUCUGUCUCAGUCGCUGCUGCUUCCUCCCUCUCCUCUUCCUCCCUCUCCUCCUCUCGUCCAUUCACAGUGCACUACCCCCCCCGGCUGCCUCCUCCACCUCAGGGCAGCAGCUCAGGUGGAGGCGGGGGCAUGUGGAGGACUCAGGGCACGCAUGGCACCUACACCACCUCCCAGCCUCCUGGCUCCAGACCUAGAUAGGGUUUGGGGGUGUGAGGGGAAGGGGGGAGGAUGGAGAGGGUAAGGGCAAUCAGAGGAGGAGAGAAAGUGAGACUGAUAGGGAUUGAGAGAGACAGGAUACCUGUUCUAAAGCUGCCUUACGCUGUUGUUCUGAUUGAACAAGGUAAGUCCACUCUCAGGUUUUAAAAUGUGGGUUUCUGCAGUGAAAUGUCCAAAAGAUUACCUGACCUAUUCAUUGCUAUUUUGCUCCAUCGUGUACUUGCAAAACAACAAUAUUUUUCCAACAAUUUCAAACCUAGAGAACUUUGAACGCUUGUAUUGGUGUCCUGUCCCCUUAAAGCACGUGUCAGCGUUGUGAUUAUCUAAAUUGACGGUCUAACCAGUUUAAACGAUCAAAUGUUAUCCCGGUUUUACUCACCGUGUCUGUUUGUUUUGGCAAAGAGGUAACCUUUCAGAUUAUUCGGUUCUGUAAAAAUCUCUGUUGAUGAAUAAUGAAAUAAUCAUAACAGGGACAAGAUGAUUUCAAUGACGAACUCCCAUGACUCCACGCUACUUCACUACACCCUCUUUUUUAAAUAGUUUUGUGGCAGAUCAAAUUCUGUAUAGUGUUGGUUGGAGAUAAAUGGAUUUUGAAAGUGACAGGAUUUUACUUACUGUGUUGUCUUAUUUGAUGAAUCUGUCCCAUUAUAACAAACACUCAUCUGUUUCUGUCUUCUUUGAUGUUUCAGGUAAUUGUUGAAUACUACCUCAAAAUUAAAUAAACUAUGCAAAUGUCAGAGGUGUGGACCGAGACACUCUCCUCAUCACUGGUGCUUCAAAACGUCUGCACUACCCAACCGCCUCCAAGACCGGCUUCUGUCCUGGGAUCACACACACACACACACACACACACACACACACACACACACACACACACACACACACACACACACACA